AUGCAGAGGACACAGACAGACCGGUAUUCUUGGAUUUCACGAGACACUACUGCAACGUUCUUCGAGGGCUAUGUACGGCAGCUCGAGAAGAGCCGCGAGGGGGAUCAGGCGGGUUUCUACAUGCACCUGAAGAUGAUCGGCGUCGAAGAUAAGAGGUCGUUCACCUCUCAGAACAUCAAGGACGAGGACGGCAAGGUCCUUCGGGACCCCACGUUAAUUCGCCAACGGUGGGCACGGUGGUUCCACAAGCUUCUUCUCAACACCGAGUCGCCGACCAUCGACCUGCAUGCGGCUGACAAGGUCAGGCGGUGGCCCACGUGCUUGCCACUCGACGACAUCCCAUCUCUACUCGAGGUUGAGGAACCGGUACGAGAAAUGGCCAACAGAAAGGCCGUCGGGCCGGACGACCUACCGACUGAGUUGAUCAAGCUUUUUUUCCUGGACGGAGAUCAAGGUCUCCUCCGCGAAUUUCACGCCAUCGUCGUGGACGUGUGGCAGACGGGAGACGGGGACACGAUGGAGUGCGGCAACUACCGGGGCAUCUCUCUCGUCGCACACGCCGGCAAGGUGCUGCUUAAGGUCGUCGCUACACGACUGAGCCACUACUGCGAGCGAGAGGGCAUCCUCCCGGAGGAGCAGAGGAGCGGUUUCCGCCCACACCGGUCGACGCUUGACAUGCUGUUCGCGAUCCAGCGGCUCCAUGAGCUCGCGAGGAAGAAGAGUACUGCGGUGUUCGCGUGCUUCGUCGAUCUCACCAAGGCAUACGAUUCGGUGGACCGAGACCUACUGUGGGACGUGCUCCGACGCUUCGGCGUGCCCCCGAAGAUGCUGGCAUACUCGGAAUGGUUCGACGUGGGCCAAGGCCUCCGACAGGGAUGCGACCUGGCCCCGCUGCUGUUUAACUUGUUCGUUUCCGCGAUGCUCAUGGUCGCCGUGGCCGAGUUCGACAAGGACCCCAAGGUGACGGCGGACAUGGUCGAGAUCGGGACACAAGUGGAGUACAAGGGCAAGAAGGGCAGGUCAGCGGGGAAGAAGACGACGGUGGUGACGGACGCGGAGGCCUUGUGGGCCAUGCUCUACGCUGACGACGCGGCCAUCGUCUCGCGCUCGCCGGAGAGUCUCGAGAAGAUGAUGUCGGUCAUCGUGCGCGUGGCCGGCCCGUUCGGACUGAUGGUGUCGGAGCCAAAGACAGAGAUCAUGUGCAUGCUGCCAAAAGGGAUCGAGGAACACCCGUUCACGGUCAGCGCCGCCGGCCAGACGUACAAGCAGACAGAUCGGUUUGUGUACCUCGGACGUACCAUCUCCGCGGACGGGAAGGCCGACCGGGAGAUCACGAGCCGCAGCUGCCGAGCGUGGAAGUGCUACCGCCGGAACAGUGCUUCGAUGUACGACAGGCGACGGGCCCACCGCCAGCUCAAGAUCCGGCUACUCCAGGCUGACGUGGUGGAGACUCUCCUGUACGGGUGCGCCUCGUUGAGCCCAACAGCGGAGCACUACACGAAGCUCAAUGGGACCCACCGUCAGUACCUUACACGGUGCAUUGGCUGGAGCAAGCGGAAACGCUCAGACCGCCCCCUGUCCUAUGCCCAGGCCCUCAUCCAGGCAGGCUGCGAGGAAACCAUCGAGGCCACCGUGCGCAAACGGAGACUGUGUUUCGCGGGCUUCGUUAUGCGCAUGGAGGACAACCGCCUCCCCAAGCGCAUGCUGUUAGGAGCGAUGGCGGGGGGCGUGGGAUACCGUGGCGGGCAGGAGAUCGACUGGGUGUCUCGUCUAGGAGAGGACCUCGUGGCCUUCAACAUGGGAGACGAAAAGGAAGGGGGGGAUGGAAAGAGAGCGCCAAGGACCCGGAGGUGUGGUACAACAAGGUCGAGGACGGGGCGGCAUGGUUCAUGAGGAAAUGACACAGGCAGGAG